AUGUGCAGCCGGAGAACAUGGCUGAUUCUCGGCGGCGUCGGCGUCCUGCUGCUCAGCGUCAUCAUCCCCGUGGCUGUGAAGAUGACACUCCCACUCAAAAGAACUUUCAUUACCAGGUGUGAGGAUUACCAGGGGUACGACUGCCAAAAGUUAUGGUCUGCAUUCCAACAAGCCUACGUGGGCAAGGACCCCUGUAAGGUUCCCAUGGAAGCCUACGACGCUGUCAUCGCUGCAGCCCCCUUCAAACCGGAAUGCAGCAAUAUGAUGUUUUGGAGCAAAACAAAAGACCUGGUCCAGGAUUUCAUUAAGAAGCGCGAAUGUAUCCUCACCCUGGAGAAGACGGUGCUGGGAUUUGUCCUGGACGGUCUGAUAUGGUGCGGGAAGGAGGGCAGCAGCGAAACGUCCACGAGCGGCUGCCCCAGUUGGAGGGUCUGCGAGAACAACCCGGUCGGCUCAUUCUGGAGAAGAGCCUCGACUGCUUUCGCAGAUUUUGCCUGUGGUGACGUCACAGCGGUGCUAAGUGGAGACAUCAAGAAGCCGUUUGACCCCGACAGUGUCUUUGGCAGCAUCGAACUCAAAAGGUUCAAGUCCCCUAGAGUGAGAAGCCUGAAGAUCGUUCUGGUCUCACGGAAGAAUGCUGAGUCGAACUGUAUGAAUCCAUCUUUUCAGGAUUUACAGAAAGAGCUGGAUGCGGGAAUUGCAUACAGCUGUACAGAAAUGACUGAAUCUAAGUUCAAUGAGUGCAGCUCUGAUCCAAAGAAACCGUGCGGCCCCUGCUGGUGA